AUGGCGGCUCCGGGGGCCCCGGAGUCCGGCUCCAUCCGGAACGCGGUGAACCACCGGGGCCAGGACUUCGAGAUGCUCCGGCGUCGGUGCUUGGAUGCGGGGGAGCUGUUCGAGGACCCCGAGUUCCCGGCGGGCCCGGCGGCCCUGGGACCCGGCUCCCCCCAGACCCCGGGCGUCGUCUGGAGGCGGCCCCCGGGCCGCGGACAGACCCUGGCGCUGGGGUGGGAGGAGGAGGAGGAGGAGGAGGAGGAGGGUCCUGGCAGAGGCCGGCGCCCGGCUCACAUGCUGGGAGCGUGUGUGCGAGUCGCCGUGGUCACCAGAGGCCAUCUUGGACCCUGUGGCCACCAUCCCCGGGCACCAUCUGACCCGUGUUUUGUCUCCAAUUGCUUCCAGGAGCUGUGCCCCCGCCCCCAGUUCAUCGCCGGUGGAGCCACCCGCGCGGACAUCUGUCAGGGUGACCUGGGUGACUGCUGGCUGCUGGCGGCCAUCGCGUCCCUCACGUUGAAGGAAGAGCUGCUGUACCGGGUGGUGCCCAGGGACCAGAGCUUCCGGGAGAGCUACGCCGGAAUCUUCCGCUUCCAGUUCUGGCAGUGCGGCCAGUGGGUGCAGGUGGUGGUGGAUGACAGGCUGCCCACCCGAGACAGGCAGCUGCUCUUCCUGCACUCGGCCGACAGCAGCGAGUUCUGGAGCGCCCUGCUGGAGAAGGCCUACGCCAAGCUCAACGGCUCCUACGAGGCCCUGGCCGGUGGGUCCACGGUGGAGGGGUUUGAGCACUUCACGGGCGGCAUCUCUGAGUGUUUUGACCUGAGGAGGCCGCCGACCGGCCUGUUCCAGAUCAUCCAGAAGGCGCUCCGGGCGGGCUCCCUGCUGGCCUGCUCCAUCGACGUCUCCAGCGCGGCCGAGGCGGAGGACGUCACCCGCCAGCAGCUGGUGAAGAGCCACGCGUACUCGGUCACGGGGGUCGAGGAGGUGGAUGUCCGGGGGCGCCGGGAGGAGCUGAUCAGACUCAGGAACCCGUGGGGCGAAGUGGAGUGGACGGGCGCCUGGAGUGACAGUGCCCCUGAGUGGAAUCACGUGGACCCCGGGAAGAAGGAAGAGCUGGAGAAGGAGGCCGAGGACGGAGAGUUCUGGAUGUCCUUCGCGGAGUUCCUGCGGCAGUUCUCCCGCCUGGAGAUCUGCAGCUGGUCCCCCGACUCCCUGAGCCGCGAGGAGGGGCACAAGUGGGACCGGGUGCUGCUCCCUGGCCGCUGGGCCCCGGGCUCCACCGCCGAUGGCAGCCAGGGCCCCCGAGGCUCCUCCUAGGUCCUUGCAGCAGGGGUGGCCCCGGAGGAAGACACCCCGAAAUGAGGCACCCACAUCUCUCAGGAGAAGGAGGCGAAUCUGCUGCUUCUUCCACUUCCCGCCUCCCCAGGCCCCGAGCACCCUCUGGCCUCGGGGCGGUGACGUGCUUGUGGGGCUGUACCC